AUGGAGGAUUUCUCAUCAUGCUAUGCAGGCACAAUAUUCGCUAACAAAAUGGCUAUGGCCUCUCCAUUCUCUUCAUUGAAACAUGCAAUUACGGUUGCCAGAGACAUAUGGUACCGUAAGUUGAAUGUUAGGUCUUGGUUGGAGGCUAUAUCAGGAUGCUCUUGUUCUAAUGAAUACUUGGAAAUGGCGAACGAAGCUACUGUGCAGGACCUUCAUGAAUGGGGAUUAAGGUACGAGGAGAAAUUUGGCUAUGUUUUUGUGACUUUUAUUCGCUUUAAUAACUCGCAUGGUGUUGAGUUGGAGAUUGCUUCAACAGAGGAAUUGAAGUAUAUAGAACGUGCUAUUAUAGAGCUUCUUUCCAAGAAAUCUGUCCAAACUACCGAUGAAGGAGAUGUAUCAGCUGAAUAUUCAGGCAAAAUAGUUGCUGACACUCUAGAUGGAGCAGACACUAAUUCAGAAGACGAUUUAGAUGCUAUCUCCUCCGGUGGAUAUGACAUCUCCAGGGAUGUUGAGCUCAAUAAGGUUCCAGAAGACAAUGAAACUUUAAACACCCAACAUAGAGAAGAUGUCGUACAUGCUGCAAAAAGGGGGUUUCGAUUUGAACAAGUUGCCAUGAUUUAG